AUCUCGCACUUAGUCCCUAAUUGCCGUCUCGUCCAACAUGGCUACAAGCAUUGAGGAGAAACAAGCAACGGAACUUUUAGGGUUUUUAAAGCAGUCAGAGCGUGGUGAUGUCCGAUACUUUGCUUUGGAUUACAUCCUUGGGCUAACUGUGACUGAAAGUGGUCAGCAAUUCUUGAAAAAUAACGAGGAAUUCUUAUCACAAUUGUACAAACUCACACGUGACUCGAACGAGAAAAUAAGUAGUGACGCUUACUCUGCCCUUAUAAACCUCUCUGCUGUACCGGCCUUGGCCGAGAAACUCUUGAAGUUCAAGAUCAUAAUUCCCUUGGUGGAUUAUCUACUCAAUGAGAACAGCAUACAUGCUGACAAGUGCGCUGUUGUGCUGUCAAACUUAACAAGAACAGAGAGCACGUGCGAAAUAGCGCUAAACGAGCUCCUGGCGGCCUCACCUGACUAUGUUUACAGAGUGGUGGAGAGGUUCUGUGAGUCGAGUCUAGUCUCUGAUUCGAGUCCAGAUAGCUUGGCUUUAUUUAUAUCAAACCUGACGCAGAUGAAAAAAGGAAGAGAGCUGAUGUUAGACAGGAAACGAUGUGUAAUCCAGCGGUUGCUCCCAUUCACCCAACACAAGUCAUCAUUAAACAGGAGGGGAGGGGUGGUGACGAUUCUAAAGAAUUGUUGUUUUGAGACAGAUACUCAUGACUGGUUACUGAAUGAUGAAGUUGACAUAUUGCCUCAUCUACUUCUACCCUUGGCUGGUGGUGAGGAACUCACAGAGGAGGAAACAGAUAAACUCCCACCUGAUCUUCAGUAUCUGGACGAAAGCAAAGAGCGUGAAACUGAUCCAGACAUUAGGAAUAUGCUGCUGGAAUCUUUGCUUCAGCUUCUGGCAACAAAAAAUGGGAGAACAAUUAUGCGAGAUAAGAAUGUUUAUGUAAUUCUCAGAGAAUUGCACAAUUGGGAAAAAGACGAAAUAGCUCAAGCAACCUGUCUGAAGUGCAUUCAUAUUCUUAUUGGAGAGGAGCCAGAACCUGGAAUGGAAAACUUGAGGGAAGUUGUCAUACCUGAUAACAUCAAGUUUGACUAGUUUUAAUAAGAUUUUACAUGUAUUAGAUUAUAUCAACCUUUUUUUUGUCUAUAACAUCAAGUAUAACCUGCCUAUAUUAUCAUUGUUUUUUAGUCUGUCGCGUGAGUUUGGCUUAGUAUAUCUCAUCAACAUAGGUUUGUCUGUUUGUUCAAUUGAUUAGUGUACAGUAUCACAUCAAGAUAUAUAACAUUAUGUUACUAAAAGUCAAAUCAAGCUUGACUUAAUCAAGGCAUUUCUGCUGAAUGAACUAAAAUUAACAUGUGUGGUUAAUACAGUUAUUUUGAAAACAG